GUCGCGGACAGAGGUGGCUUGCGUUGCCAGCGGCUGGUACUGAGCGAAGUAAAGGCGGCACAGAACACCGUCCGUCUGGGCUUCUUUUAGGGCUUUAACCUUCCCAAAAGUGUAUAUCUGCAGGUAUGCAGUCUGAAUCGGGAAUAGUUCCUGACUUCGAGGUUGGAGAGGAGUUCAAAGAAGAACCUAAAACGUAUUACGAAUUGAAGAGUCAACCCUUGAAAAACAGCGGCCCGGCGGAGCAGCACUGCUCCUCCAAGCCGCCGCUGAGCUCCUCGGCCAUGACAUCACGCAUCCUGCUGCGGCAGCAGCUGAUGCGGGAGCAGCUUCAGGAGCAGGAGAGGCGGGAGCAGCAGAGACAACAGGCCUCCCAGUACCCACAAACCACGGUGGCCCAGACCCCCGCCAUCAAUGUCAGCGUCCCCGCCACGUUACAGCCUGCUGCCCAGGUGCCAAUGGAGGUGCUCAAGGUCCAGACUCACCUGGAGAACCCAACCAAGUACCACAUCCAGCGCUCUCAGCAGCAGCAGGUGAAGCAGUACCUGGGAAAGCUAGGCUCUCAGGUGUUGAGCUUUCCCUGCCACAACCAGUCCUCUGACCACGGGGGCAUGCCGCCAGGGCCGGGCAACAGCGCCCCCAACAGCCCUAUGGCCUUACUGACCCUCAACACCAACUGCGAGAAAGAGAUGGAUGAUGUCAUUGAUGACAUUAUUAGUCUGGAGUCCAGUUACAAUGAUGAUAUCCUCAGCCUGAUGGACCCAGGACUUCAGAUGGCUAAUACGAUCCCCUUGAAUGCUAACCUCAUGGACAUGUAUGGUAAUCAGAGUAUAUCCCAGCAAGGUCUACCCAUCAGCAACUCCUGCCCUGCCAACAUCAAAAGGGAAUACUCUGUUUCACAAUCCCCAGCCAUCAUGCAUAUGAUGGAUAAGUCUGGUUCCUGCGGCAAAUUUGACAACUAUCAAAGGCCUGAAGGGUUCCCUGUGGCAGAGGUAAGAGCAAUGGCAAAGGAAAGGCAGAAGAAGGAUAACCAUAAUUUGAUUGAGAGAAGACGACGGUUCAACAUCAAUGAUCGAAUUAAGGAAUUGGGCACUUUGAUUCCUAAAUCCAAUGACCCGGACAUGCGCUGGAACAAAGGUACCAUCCUGAAGGCAUCAGUGGACUACAUCAGGAAACUACAGCGGGAACAGCAGAGGGCCAAGGACCUGGAGACUCGCCAGAAGAAGCUUGAGCACGCCAAUCGACACCUGAUGUUGAGGAUACAGGAGCUGGAGAUGCAGGCGCGGGCUCACGGUCUGGUCAUCACGUCUUCAGCACUCUGCUCUGCUGAACUUGCGGCCCGGUCCAUUAAGCAGGAGACGGCUCUGGAGGACUGUCGCCAGGACCUGUACACGCUCCACCCCCAUCACCAACACCACACAUCCUGCACUCCAGAACCGCUCGGCACCUUGGAGCCAGAGGGUCACUACAGCAUUCACGGGAAGCCAGGCUCCAAACUCAACGACAUCCUCAUGGAAGACACCUUAUCACCGGUGAGAGGGGGAGACCCUUUGCUCUCGUCCGUCUCCCCAGACACCUCAAAGGACAGCAGUCGCAAGAGCAGCGUAAGCAUGGAUGAGAAUGAUCAGGCCUGUUAGCACCCCCUACUGGAAGACAGCUCGCCUGCAUCCCCUACCGUCUCCAUGCUGCUCCGAGUGUUCCCGUCAGUAGCUAACACACUCCCAGCUGCUGGACAGGCCUUUCUCUCUUUGUGUCAUGUGUUUGUUGUGUUGUUGUAUUUUUUUCCUUCCCCACCCGUGUUUACAUGUAUUGAAUCGUUUCCAUCCGUGUUUUUGCUUGUUUUUAAUGCAGUAUCUUUGGUCUUUUUAAACCCUCAACCUCGAUUUCAAGGACUGAUUAUGAAGUAGGUUUGCUUUAAUCAAUACUUUGAUGACAAUGAGUUGCAAACAUAGAAGUUUUUUUUAUUUAAAAAAAAAAAUGCAUUUAUCUUUGAAUAGAGGUUAAAUUGUGUUUAUUUCUAUUGAUUCCAAAGAAUCUAGGGAAGUUGUGAAUCCUGGUCAGAAAUGUAGAUUUUUGUGUUGAGUUGAACACUGCUUUUUAAAUCACUAGCAAUAAUAGAAGGAAUAAAAUCUAUUUAUUACUAUAGUGCUUUACACCUGUGUCUUAGAUUGAACUUGAAUGUGCCAAUGCCUUAUUAAGAUGUGUUCACAUCAAUGUUGUAUUGCUAUGCACAUUUUUUGGCUGUUAGCUGAGUCUUUGUCAGUCUUCCAGUUGAAAUUUCUUCUUUGACAAAUAAUCAUUUGUAAAUUUGAUCUUAUUUAUGUAUCUAUGUAAACAGGACUUUAUGUAAGCAUUUCUCUUUUAAAAAAAAAAAACAACAUUUUUAACAAGGCAUUUAAAAGAGCCUUAUUUUAAAAUAACUGACAUAAUAAAAAGCACAUCAAAUGUAGGAAGCUAAACCCUAACUCAGAAAAAAAAAAUCCCCAUUGAUAAUGGCUAAUUGUAGUCUUCUACUCAGUGUCACAAUGAGCAAGAAGCAGCACAACAAUCCAGAAAGAAAAGAGAAAAAUCAAGUUUCAGCACCCUGUUGCAUCCUGUAAUCAUCCAGUUCUGACUGCUCAGCAGUGUGUACCAUAACAAUAUACAUUCCUCACUGCCAAACCCAGUUGCAUUUUUCAGAAUACAGUCUCAAAACUAGUAAAAUUGUAAUCAAAAAGGCCUGUUGUAGUCCCCACACAAGCACAAGAAUCUGAUUUCACUUGAAACAUCUGAUUGUUGCAUAAUUCUCUAAAUCUUUGGUGAUGAUGAUUGAUGCAAGAUGAAUCAGUUACAUUUUAUUGUAUUGUCUGCAGUGAUCAGAAUAAUACUGCAACUAUUAUAACACACAGUGUAAUACCGACGUGUGUUGAUGCAAGUGCUGAGUUUUUAUAAAUGUCCAUCCAUUUCCUAAAUUAUUGUUAAUGUUUUUACACCACUUAGGUGACAUUUCACAUUCAGGAUGUUUUUUUUUCUCCAUUAUGUGAACAUUUAUAUUGCCAAGGAGUAUAAGGAGACUGCUUUUGGAUUUUAUAUGAAAUGCAUGUCAUGUCAAAACACUGGAAUAACGUCUGUAAUUUUGUUCGCCUUUUUUAUCUAAGCAUAAACUAACUAUUGUAUUUGGCUUUUCAAAUGCAUACAAAAUAUUGUAUGCGAUUGUAGAUUCUUCAUGGUGUACUGUUGUAUACUUCAGCCGUUUGUUUCAACAGUUGUAGCACACUGUAUAAGUAUGCCUUUGUUAAUAACUACUUGCCAUACUUUGAGAGCUUUGUUACAGCACAGCCUCCAUUUACUAUGCAAUGGUUUAAGUUUGUGCCUGCACGGCAGCAUCGUCGUUAGAUAAUGUGAUCUCCUUAUGAAUUAGCCUGAAACAGUGUCAUAGUACGUAUCAUUUUGUUUGAUUUAAGUGCCUUAAAGUUGUUUCUGUUACCCUGGUGAUGUAAGAGGAGCUGUAGACACUGAUGCUAAAUUUUGUUGAUGCUUAUAGUGGUGUUAGGAGCUUCAAGGAUUAACUGAAGAGUGCCAAAGUAGUUUAGAAAGCAGUAGGAAAGGCCGUCUGUCAGCACAAGACAACACUACAAGCCUCUUAGACUCAACACAUGGUCUGUUAUGAUGGAACCCCAAAGUGUUCAGUACUUAAUAAAUAAUAAGGCAUUAAUAAAUGAUCAUAAAAAUAAAGAGUUAAAUGAGUAAGUAAACCAAUAAAUUCUGAAAUAAUUUAAUAAAUUACUAAAAGUCAUUAAAAGUUAUUUCAUCCUUAUUUUCAUAUUAACGAUGUAUUCUGUACAGAAUCUGCCCUUUUUAAAAAGUCUGUUUUUACUUAAUAAUGGCGUUGCUCCCCAAAGAAAUCUUUACGUCAUGAAAAGUAACAUUUUGAAUUAGAAAUGUAUCACUGGAGAGGGUGUAGUGCUACAGAAAUAAGAAUGAUAAAACAUUUAAUAGUAAUGAGUAUAGUAAAGGUAAAAAAUGAUCUCAGUAGCAGUGUGGCUUUAGAGAUGGCAAUGUCGCUCAGCUCCCUACUUUUGUCCACACUGAAAUAUAUUCAUGUACUUUAACUACUAGAGGGAUUGCCUCGACAUGUUGAGCAUACAUCCGUGGUGCCCAGUGGAUGAAUCCUAAUUAUUUUUAGGGAUCUCCUGACUUUUCAAGUAGCACCACUAGUAGGUUGACGUUUUUGGCUUUUAUCAAAAUGCCUUAACUUGACUAAAUUAUUGAAUGGACAUACAUGACAUUUGGUUAACAUAGUCGGGUCACCCAAUGACUAGGGCGAUCCCUUAACUUUGUCCAAUACUUGAUUUAUGACCAAAUACCUGCAAAGCUAAUGACAGCAGCCGCCACUGUCCUUCCUGCUAACCAGCACUCAGAGACUCAUAUGAUGAUUUAUUUCAAAAUGUUAGUCUUAGUCUUAUUUAUUUAUGUAAUAUUGAACACAUUGAAGGGGUUUUCAUCUGAAUUAAUGUUAAAUUCUACACUGAAAGCAAUGUUUCCAAAGUUGUACUGAAUAUUCAUCCUCCUUCUGAGACUAGUAUGAAUGUAGUUCAAAGUGAUGACUGCCAAAAUGAAAUAUACAAUAUUUUUUAUAUAAAAAGGUAUCAACAUAAUUUUGGAAUUUUGAACAGCUUAGCUGAUGCACCUGUUAGUGGUCUAUCUCUUCCGCAGUUACAAGCAUUACCUAAUACAUGAUGGCAAUCAGUAAUUUGAUGGAAGAAUUUACUGAAGAUUAACUUAAUAAUAGCUUUUUUGGAGCGUUGAACUGCAUCUCACAGUCUUAAUCAGCAGAUGGAGAGAGCUGAGCUGUCGUCACGGGCAGUGAAGUAGUAUGGAACUUCUGUCUUUAAGACAAUGAGAUGUGGUUAAAAGCCUGGAACAGGCUAAUUAACCUUAAGUUAAAGUUGUUUUUGUUAUAUGAAUUACAGCUUUAGGCAGAAUGGCCUUUAUGGUGACACCCAACCCCACCUACUAAGCCUCAAUAGUGCAAUACAAACAGGCCUGUAACAUUGCUUGUUGACUGAACCCAGAUCACCAAUUUCUUUUUUUUUUUUAAAUGCAACAGAUAAAUAAUCUUAACCCUAAAUUGUGACAAGUUGGAAUGAACAUCCGCUUCAGAGGUGGUGGCACUUAACUUAAAGUAAUCACUAUGACUGAUUUCCCAUAAUGAGUCUUCCAGCUGUUUAUUAUUAUGGCACAUUAUGGGUAAACCACUACUGACUGUUAGCUCCAUUAUCAUCUCUUCUGCUCACUCUCAUCCCCGUGGUUCAUACAGACAAGCCCUCUGCUGAUGUGGCCACUGUUCUGAUUCUUACAGUUUAUAUGAGAUGAAUGUAGCAAUAGUUCCUGUAUGCACCUGUUUCAGAUUAGUGAAGUUGAACUUGCUGGUACUCAAUGUGAAAACUAUUGUGUGAGAAAUAUUAAAAGUUAUAUUUGAAUGUC